AUGAAUCAUUUGAAUGGCGUAUUUUUGUCAUAUUUUCUUGAUUUUCAAGCAUCCAUAUGGAUAAUGCAGCGAGAAGACCAUUGUGGAAGAACAGGCACUGUUGUGUUGGUUUUCCAACCAGCAGAGGAGGGAGGUGGCGGAGCGAAGAAAAUGCUUGACGUUGGGAUAUUGGAGAAUGUUGAGGCGAUUUUUGGAUUGCAUGUAUCUUCUAGUUAUCCAGUUGGCAUGGUUGCCACAAGGCCUGGCCCCAUUAUGGCUGGCAGUGGUUUAUUCGAUGCGGUAAUUACAGGGAAAGGAGGUCAUGCGGCCAUUCCACAAAAUACUCUCGACCCCAUUUUAGCCGCUUCAAACAUAAUUGUUAGUUUACAACAUCUUAUCUCUCGGGAAGCUGAUCCCUUGGAUUCACAGGUAGUCACUGUUACUAAAUUUCAAGGUGGUGGUGCAUUUAAUGUUAUUCCCAAUGCAGUCACAAUUGGUGGAACUUUUAGAGCAUUUUCUAAAGAAAGUUUUAUACAACUCAAACAACGCAUCGAAGAGGUUAUCACCCUACAAGCUUCUGUACAAAGGUGUAAUGCAACUGUGAUCUUUAACACCAAUGAGAAGCCCUUCUACCCCGUGACCAUGAAUAACGUAGAUUUGCACGGGCAUUUCCUAGAAGUAGCUCGAAAUAUGCUCGGUGGCAAGAACAUCAUAGAGAUGCAGCCGAUUAUGGGAGCAGAAGACUUCUCUUUCUUCGCUGAGGCAAUUCCUGGAUACUUCUACUAUAUUGGGAUGAUAAAUGAGACUCGAGGACAAAUGGAACCUGGCCAUUCGCCGUACUUCAAAGUAAACGAAGAUAUACUUCCUUAUGGUGCUGCUUUACAUGCAUCAUUGGCUGUAACAUAUCUUCUUGAAUAUCAUUCUCAAUUGACAACACAGAAGGGAAGUUGUCAUGAUGAACUUUAAAUUGUCAGACUUAUAAUUUUUUGGGACGACAAUACUUGUUUGGUCUUUUUUUUUUUUUUUUUUUUUUUCGUCGUCUUCUUUUCGUCUAGAUAUCUUUCUUCCUAGAUUGACUUUCUUGUUUGGAAAGAUGGCUUCUUAAGUGGUACAGAAGGAAAAUCUUGCAAAUGGGAUUUCCCCAAACAAUUGUUGGAAUUAUAAUUUUUUGGGAUGAUACAUUAAAGCUUUCUGGUGCAAAA